AUGGCGGCGGCGGCGGCGGCGGUGUUGGUGGUCGGGCCUGUGUCCGCGGCCCGGAGAGGGUCAGCACAGUCGCCCGGACGCCGAAGAGCCCGCCGCCCGCGCGAGGUGUAGACGGGGCACUGCCUGCAGAGCAGGUUCUGCCAGCCUCGCUAGAGAGGAUGCCCCCGUGUCCGUGAUGGGCUGUGGGACAAGCAAGGUCCUUCCCGAGCCGCCCAAGGAUGUCCAGCUGGAUCUGGUCAAGAAGGUGGAGCCCUUCAGUGGCACUAAGAGCGAUGUGUACAAGCACUUCAUUACAGAGGUGGACAGUGUUGGCCCUCUGAAAGCUGGGUUCCCAGAAGCCAGUCAGGGUGCAAACCUCUGCCCUGGUGCCCCCACUACUGGCCACACAGAGCCUCCCUCAGAGCCACCACGCAGGGCCAGGGUGGCUAAGUACAGGGCCAAGUUCGACCCACGUGUGACAGCCAAGUACGACAUCAAAGCCCUGAUUGGCCGAGGCAGCUUCAGCCGAGUGGUGCGUGUGGAGCACCGGGCAACCCGGCAGCCAUACGCCAUUAAGAUGAUUGAGACCAAGUACCGGGAGGGGCGGGAGGUGUGUGAGUCGGAGCUGCGUGUGCUGCGCCGGGUGCGCCACGCCAACAUCAUCCAGCUGGUGGAGGUGUUUGAGACACAGGAGCGCGUGUACAUGGUGAUGGAGCUGGCCACUGGUGGAGAGCUCUUUGACCGCAUCAUCGCCAAGGGUUCUUUCACUGAGCGUGACGCCACUCGAGUGCUGCAGAUGGUACUGGAUGGCGUCCGGUAUCUGCAUGCACUGGGCAUCACACAUCGAGACCUCAAGCCUGAGAAUCUGCUCUACUACCACCCAGGCACUGACUCCAAGAUCAUCAUCACCGACUUUGGCCUGGCCAGUGCCCGCAAGAAGGGUGACGACUGCCUGAUGAAGACCACCUGUGGCACACCCGAGUACAUUGCCCCUGAGGUACUGGUCCGCAAGCCCUACACCAACUCAGUCGACAUGUGGGCGCUGGGCGUCAUCGCCUACAUCCUGCUCAGUGGCACCAUGCCCUUUGAGGAUGACAACCGCACCCGGCUGUACCGGCAGAUCCUCAGGGGCAAGUACAGUUACUCGGGGGAGGAGCUUGGCAGACCCCGAGAGGAGAUUCCACCACCAUCUGCAGAGAGCUCUGGAUUGGGAGGAGUUUGGGGUAUUUCCUGGGUAAGGAUACCUUAUCAUUAGAUCAGGCUCUCUGAGCUGGAGACCAGGCAUCUUUCUCUUUUGCUUGUAAUUGCCUACCCGUAAGUGCACUGGGGAUGAUGCAGAGAGACAUGAAGGCCUGUUCCCCAUCCCCAUGAAACUUGAGAUUGCCCGGGAGAAAGGACUAGGAAUAGGAAAUGGCCACAGAACGAACCCCUGUUGGCAGGCACAUGCCAGCACAGGCCUGGGCAGUCUGGAACAUGGGCCAUGGGGCGCAGGUCAGGUGGUGGAUUGGCCCCCCUUCUUAGGACUGGGCCCUGCCCCCAUCCUCACCCAACCAUCUGUCUUCUACUGUGUGAUGGUCAUUUGCCCUUAUGAAGGCAUUCUGAGUAAGCAAGGCCCUGUCUGAGAGCCUCAGGGAGGUGUUUCCAUCUAGCUUCUUGUGCAAAUAAGGGACUGCCCACUUUGAACUCAGCAAGGUUUGGAGGUGUGCAUUCCUCACCUGACAGUAAGUCCCAUGGCACUUGGUGCCUUUCUAAUAGGCACCCUGCCCCCUUCCCCCUUAUAGUGGUUUCUCAUGUAUACCAUACUGUCUUGUGUGCUUGUUUCCCAGGGGCUCUAUCCAUGCAGCUCUCUUUCAGGCUCAGUAGUUUCUGUGGACUUGAAUAGAGGACUUCCUUCAGGAGGUGGGCUUUGAGGAGGAGGAAGCUCAGAGAAGGGGAUGUUGCUCACUGUGCUCCAGAAUAAACAGGAGAUUGUUUGGGAAUAACAGCAGAGGUUGAUGAGGCUGGGCCAGGCCUGGUGUUUGUUGCUGGGAGCUCUGUAGUGCCAGGGAUUAUUUGGAGAUUCCAAGCAUUAGGUGGGAGGGAGCCCUCUGACAGUGAAGGGGAAAUGUAACAGGAAGUGUUGUGGGAGACUAGCUGGAGGGAAACUAACUGGGGGCUGUUGGAAUAAUCCCAGUUUGGAAUGGGGGAGCCUGGUGUCCUGGGGAUGUUUGGGUCAGAUCAAGGAUUCUAGCGAGUGGGCUCAACAUAGUACAUGUGAGCCAUAGUUUAGAAAGAGAAGGAGUUGGGGGGCAGAGCCUUCCUGCAGCCCUGCAGGAGGAGCAUCAUCUCACGAGGCAGAUUGAGAAAAGACCCCAAGCUGCCCUCUGCCCCGGAGAGUACGUAGAGUCCUGCUUUGACAUCCCCACAUGGGACCCAGCAGUGGAGGGAUGCACACAAGUGGGGCCUCCUUCAGCACCUGCCCCACAAUGCUGACACUCUAGACACUCUAGCCCCCAGCCCUGGCCCCACGCUCCACCCCAUUCCCUACACACCAUGGACCCGAGAUGUUUGCUCCUUUCACUCCACACUAUGCUUUUGCUCAGGAUUUUCCCUCUAUUCUCAGUGUCAGCCUAAGAAAUUUGACUGGCUCUCAAUCAUCCAAUUCAAAGAUUGCUUCCAUUAAGAAUCAUGCCAACCAUUGCCAUUGUGUAGCCUACUGAGUACCAGGCACAGGUCUGAGGGUUCUACACCCAGCAUGUCUAAUCUCUACAAUAAUCUUGUCAGUGGGUAUAAUCCCCUCAUUUUAUAGAUUAGUAAACUGAGGCUAGUGAGGUUAAGUAGCUUGUCCAGGGUCUCACAGAGGGUGGCAGGCUUGGGAUUUGAAUCCAGGCCAUCUUGGCUUCAGAGUUCUUGGCCUUCCCAUGCCUACAGUCUACUUUCCCUGACACAUAUGCCUCAGCGUGUUGCUGGAGUCUUUGUUUCAGCACUUUCCCAGGCUGUCAUCUGUGGACAUCUUUUCCCUCCCCAGCCUGUAAGGUUCUUGAGGACAGCAUGUGUAUCAGUACAUAUGCUCCCAAUACUUUCUCCUGCUUCUCUUGAGGGAAGCACCAGUGGUUGCAGGUGAGGCCCUGGGCAAGGACCCAGAAGUGACUGUCAGGUAGACUAGGCUGCUCCUGCUGGCUGGGAGUGUUCUCUUCUGGGGCUGGGCUCCAGGAAGAAGUGGGGAGCCUGCUGGAGAUGCACUCAGGGGGUUGUUGGCCAGACCUGCAUAUAAGCAAAUGUAGGAAUCUUGGAAGAGGAGAGAGUUCUGGAAAGGAAAGCCUGUGACAGGUGAUUUUGAGAGGAGAAAUCUGAAUUUUUAUCCAGUGACUGGAGGUGCUGGAGUGGCGAGGGCCAAGCUAGGGUCAUGUUGGAAGUGAUCGGGAGAUACAUGUUGGCCAGAUGUGAGGAAGGCCUGUGUGAGUGUGAGAGCAGUUUGAAGACAAGGAGAGUCACCUUGAAAGAGGGAGCUUCCUGUCAUGGGAGGCCUGGAGCAGCUGCUUCUAAAGGAGUGACACAGAAGGUGAGUCACCAUCUGUAGACCGUACGAGAGGACUGUUAUGGUCCCGCCAACUUGGAGAUUCUGUGAUUCACCUGACAUGAAAUGCGACGUUGUGGGCCUAACGUUAUUGCUUUUGUCAAGAGUUCUAUUCCUAGAGGCAGGAUGGAUGAAGAGGCUCUUGUGGGAAUGAUGACAGAGUGAUGCCAUCAGCAGCUUUGCUGUCUGCCACGUUUAGCAACUUUUAAUUGUCACCCUCCUCUGCUUGGGCAGUCUCUGAGCUGUGGGCGAGCCCAGGUGACUGCACCAGGAACAGGUGGGCUUGGGCAAAGGUUCUCACAGAGCCUUGUUCAGGAGAGUGAGUGCUGCCAGGCGGAGGACAGAAUCCUGGUGGGAGACGAAGCUCACCUGCAGGACCGAUCUGCCACUUCCCGGGGGAUUGUGUUGGUGGGAGGUGGCUUUCCAGGGGUAGGUCUCUGGGCUGCAGGCUGACCAUCCAUCAACUUGGGCCAAGGGGCACUUGCUCAGGGACUGUGAGUUACACCAUGUGGUAGUUCUGAUAGCCCUGCAGUAGGAUGAGUGCCCAGAGCCAGAGCUGACAUUUACAUUCCCAUCCCAGCUGUUUGCCACUUCCAAAAGUGACUCUGACACUUGCCAUUCUACCCUGGGAUGUUGAGAGUAAAAUGAAGUGCAGGGCAUGUGGUGUGUUCUGGUGCUCUCCACGUGAGGGGCACCUGCGCCUGUGGGGGCUGCUCAUGCAGCCUGCUUCACAUGCUCUGACGGAGCGGCCAGGUGAGCAGGGAUAAGACCUUGCCCCAGAGCCAUGGGGUGGACUGCACGGGGGACGUGGGAGAGCUGGUGACUGGACAUGUGUGGGCAGCAGAGCGGAAUGCAAGGAGGCAGGUGGUGUAUUUCUGGGCUCGUGCUUGGAUUCUGCUGGAUGCCUUUAAUUGCCUCGUGUUCCCAUGGCCAAUGUGGAUAGGGGCUCAUGUGCCACCUCUGGGCUACUGCUUGGCUCCCUGGAGCCCCAUCCUCUUGGCAUCCCUCUGCUGUUGUUGCCCUGGUUACACACUCACCUGCUGUGGUGGCAGAAACUUGCCCAUCUCCCCACAUUGUUGCAUUUAGCAUUUUUGCCAAAACACCUUGCUCCGACCACCCACAGCAUCUCGUUAUCCCAAGGUCCUUUCAUUACUGCUGUUUCCCACCGCCCUGCUGAGGUCUCCUCCAACAAAGGGGUAUAUUGUGGGUUGCGUUCAGAGCAGCUUCUGGUGCCCUAUCCAUCCCCUCCCUCUCCUGCUCUUCCCAUUGUCUGCCUCAAUAGCUCUGCCCUUUCACAGGCCCUGUUGCUUCUAGGCCCUUAAGUUCCUCUGGGACCUGCUGGGGCUCUUGUUUCUCCCACAUUCUGACCUCUUUAAAUCUGCUUAUGACCUCCCACGCUCAUCCCCUGCCUGCCCCCACUGAGGUGGUUAAAGGUGACCUGAUCCAACCACACCCCCCGGCUGUGCCUCUCCAGACUCUCCUUCCUCGUAGGUUUCUCUGUCUCCCAGUGCGAGUGUGGUGCCCAGACCUGAGCUUUGCUGCAGCAUGGCCCGGCCAGCCUGGAGCAGGAGACUGAGUCACCUUCGUCUCUUCACUCAUCCUGCCAACCCAUGUAGACCUAGUGCCUGCCCUGAGCCGAGUCCUUUGUACCCAGGGUUCCAGGGACACAAGCCUCUGGGGACAGAGGCCACAGUAGGGGUGGCAUGCUGACAGCCACCAGGGAUCCAAACUGCCUCAGAAAUUAGAAUGGGAAGAAGUUAAAAAAAAAAAAAAAAAAGCCAGGUUAGGCCCUGGAAAUCACCUCACUUCAGCAGAACCCUUGAGUGGAGAUAGAAGAGACCAUUAUGUAGCUAGCUCUGAAAUCCAGAACCUUCUAGGGCUGUUCCAGGACAUUGUUUUUUUGUUCUUGGGUUUUUUUUAAAUUUAAUUUUAUUUAUUUUUUAUACCAUAGGUUCUUAUUAGUUAU